AUGGAGCGCUGGCCUUGGCCGUCGGGCGGCGCCUGGCUGCUCGUGGCGGCCCGCGCGCUGCUGCAGCUGCUUCGCGCAGACCUGCGUCUGGGCCGCCCGCUGCUGGCGGCUCUGGCGCUGCUGGCCGUGCUCGACUGGCUGUGCCAGCGCCUGCUGCCCCCGCUGGCCGCGCUCGCCGUGCUGGCCGCUGCCGGCUGGAUCGCGUUGUCCCGCCUGGCGCGGCCGCCGCGCCUGCCCGUGGCCACUCGCGCGGUGCUCAUCACCGGUUGUGACACUGGCUUUGGCAAGGAGGCAGCCAAGCAACUGGACACCAUGGGCUUCAUGGUGCUGGCUACUGUGUUGGACUUGGAUGGCCCUGGUGCCCGUGAGCUGCGUGCCUGCUGUUCCCCUCGCCUAAAGCUGCUGCAGAUGGACCUGACCAAGCCAGGGGACAUUAGCCGUGUUUUGGAAUUCACCAAGGCCCACACCUCCAACACUGGCCUGUGGGGCCUGGUCAACAAUGCGGGCCACAAUGACGUUGUGGCCGAUGUGGAGUUGUCACCAGUGGCCACAUUCCGAAGCUGCAUGGAGAUCAACUUCUUUGGUGCACUUGAGUUGACCAAGGGCCUCCUGCCGCUGCUACGCCGCUCCAGGGGUCGCAUCGUGACUGUGGGCAGCCCGGCUGGAGACAUGCCAUAUCCCUGCUUGGCGGCUUACGGGACCUCCAAGGCGGCCAUGGUGCUGCUCAUGGACACGUUCAGCUGUGAACUCCUGCCUUGGGGGGUCAAAGUCAGUGUCAUCCAGCCUGGUUGCUUCAAGACAGAGUCUGUGCUGAACGAGGGUCGGUGGGAGAUUCGCAAGCGUCUGCUGUUGGCUAACCUGCCCCGAGAGCUGCUGCAGGCUUAUGGCGAGGACUACAUCGAACACCUGCACGGGCAGUUUUUGCAUUCGCUGCGCCUGGCGCUCCCUGACCUCAGUCCCGUUGUAGACGCCAUCACUGAUGCGCUGCUGGCAGCGCAGCCUCGGCGCCGCUAUUACCCGGGCCGAGGCCUGGGGCUCAUGUACUUUAUCCAUCAUUACCUGCCGGAGGGCCUGCGGCGCCGCUUCCUGCAGACGUUCUUCAUCAGUCCCUGUCUGCCCCGUGCGCUGCGGCCAGGCCAGCCCGGCCCCGCCCCCACCCAGGACGCAGCGCCAGACCCAAGCCCGACCCCAGGCCAUUCCCCAGCUGCCGACCGGUGA